AGAAUUGUUUUUUGCAUCAUUUUCACUACAACAAUUCCAUAUUAUCCAAUAAACAACUAAUCCAGAGGAAAAUAUUUCAAUUGUAUGCGUGUUUCAAUGCUUUAUAUUCUUCUUACUUACAAUACAGAGCUUAAUUACAAAAGUUGAUUAUGGGAGAUUGAAUUGGUUUUGCAUCCAUAUGAAAGUCUCAUAAAACCUUGGAUCUGCAAUUCUGAGAGAUGCUCUCUUAUAGAAAUAGUAAUAGAAAACUGCAACUUUAAGAAAAUUAAAUGUAAGAAAGCGUUCAACCCGUUAUAGUAGAUAUAUUAUAAAUACCAUGCUUUUAUUACCUCCUCUAUGCAACGAAUAUAGAACAUGAAAAUUUUUAGUCCAAUGAUAUGUGAGAGAUGAUGACCAAUACAUUUUAAUAUCCCAUGUGUGAAGAGAUAUACUCAAUAUCAUAUACAUAAUACAUAGUAUCAAUGUUAUGCGAAAUUUUGUGUAUAGCAACUGUAUUAAUCCCACCUGUAUAAAAUGUGUCAUUAACCUUUUGUUACAACAAUAGAUUGUUAAAAAAAUUAAAUAUCCACUUUUCGUUGUAAUUUUAUUUUUAACAAUUACCUGGAAAAUGUAAGUGGAAAAGAAAUUAACCAAUAGAAUCGUCAAUGUCACAACAAGACAAAAAUCUUGAACGCUUAAAAAUAAGAAAAAACGUUAAACACGUAAUCGAAACCUGAUAAUAAAUGAACAAAGGAAAGAUACCUACACAUAAAGAAUUAAUAAAGUAAUUGGAUUUUGUUGACAGAAGCCAGCGAACGAAUUAACGAAAAUAUCGUAAAACAAUAUCAAGUACUGCACAAUUACUGUCACCAAAUAUUUUUUUGUAUUUAGUGAACUCAUUUAUCACAAAGAAUAAAAUUUACUUAUAUGUUAUAAUUUCGUUAUGCAUAAAGAUAAGUAGGCAAAUAUCCUUAUUGUAUCGUAUGUAUAGCGUAACUGCUGCUAUGACAACGAAAAUAACACAUGCAUGUGCAUUCCGUGCACUUUAAACACUAACACAUAUUGCACGUUGCACUGUACGUACAUUCGCACAUGCAUAUGCUUUCAUGGUUUAUGAUCACACUUGGUGUGAUGUCAGUACAUGUAUGGUGUCAUUGAGACUGUGACACAAAUGCUACAUUCAGCAACGCGUAAUCGACAGCUGACAGGUUGUCUACAAUUAAUCUGUUGAAGCACAACAAACCAUAUCCGAGUGUUAAUCAGUAUACACAACUGUAUUUUUCAAAUCAUAGACUAUCAUGGAAUAAGUAUACAACAGUAUGAAAGUUUCAAAUAAACGUCGAGGUUAUGAACAUAAAAUUGAUAAGUGGGUGAUGGGAGUGAUCUGUAUAAAAAUUAACUCUUGACAUUCAAUUAUCAUAUCCACAAUUAUUUGAUUUGUAAACUACGAGUGACAAUGGAUAUUGGAAAUAAUAAUCGUGUAUAUACACAACAAUUAAUUGCCAUGUUUCCUAUAUUGGAACUAGACAACGACAAUGUAGAUUUUCCUUUAAAGAACCCACAUAUAUCUUGGUUGGAUAUUGUUUUCCUCGUAUCCUCAAUUCUUAUGCACAUUGUAGAUAUGGGAUUUGAUAUAAAUCUUGUUGUAAGAUAUUUAUUAGGUGGGAAAACAACAUAUUUUAUAUGGACAACUACAUUUAUCUUUGUACCAUCGCUUAUAAAUGUAAUAAUCAGUAGAAGAAUGCAAUGCCAAGAUGACCAGAAAAAUUGUGUCCAAAAUCAUACCGAAUCCAAGUGCAUACAUUCCAUGUUAACAAGAAAGUUAUAUUGUAUUGUAGUUGUUGCAUUUCAAUUAGCACCGGUACUUCGUUACUACAGAAUAUUGAUAUAUACUCUGAAGGCUUAUAGAUUUCAAAAACAAGGAAACAGAAAUGCUCAAAGGAGAUACUACAUAAAAAUGCUCAAAGAAGAUCAAGAUGUUGCUCUACUGAGAGUAUUCGAAUGCUUUUUAGAAGCAGCACCUCAACAAGUUUUGCAAUUAACUAUAUUAUUGAAGGAUUACCAUAAGAAGAUUAAUUUUGAAUUUAUUCACCAAGUGGCUACUAUCCUCAGUUCACUUGCAAGCAUGGGCUGGGCCAUGGCUAGUUAUCAUCGUAGUAUUAGAUUGGUUCAACAAGACAAGUUUAAUAUCGGAAUCACAGGAACUGUUUUGCAGUUUCUAUGGCACUUUUGCACAACAGUUUCAAGGAUAUUAUCGCUAACCGUUGCCGCGAGCAUUUGGCCAAUACAUACAGCGAUUGCUUGCAUUUUACAUUGGAUAGGUAUGAGCUGCUGGAUCAUCAUAGAUUCACAUGGCAUAUUAGAAUUUUGUAGAAACCAUAAUCGUGCGCCACAUUGUCCUCCAAAACUGAAAGAACGCAUAUACUCUGUACUAUUAUCCCUUAUAAUUGGCGUUGUUCACGUGUUCAUAUAUUUGCAUGCUGUAGAUGGCAGCACAUUUUUCAAACACGUGUUCUUUUAUAUGAUAUGUUUCUUUGAAAAUACAACAGCAACUGUUCUUUGGAUAUACAUAUCGUCAAGUGAAGUUAAACAGGCCUGGUAUUUCAAUGUACUUAUUAUUUUUUGCAUUAUACCAUUUUUGGUAGGUAUAACAGCCAUGAUUGUUUAUUAUUGCGUCUUUCAUCCAUCUAUAAAACGUUCAAAUCCUGUAAAUACAUCAUCGUAGCUUAAUACUGAACAAUUCAGUACUAUAAUUUAAUUUUGUUGGAAAAACA